AUGUCAACAUCCUCCGUCGCCCUGGUAUACGCCACCAGCCCCCCCAACCCUCCCAGCUCCUAUACUUUAACAAGAGCGUCUCGUGGCCCCGGCUAUUCCUGGAGACGCCUCAGCCACGGCUCGGACACGAAGGCACUCAAUGGAGAGAGCUGCGUCAGCAGCAGCGGCGGUAAGGGGGAAGCGGGACCCUCACCUCAGCGGCUCGGCGUGGGUGGAGCUGUAGCCAUGGAGGAGCGAGAGCCUCCCCAGUGGUCUCUGCAGAGGGCCUCCUCACAUCAUGGCUGUCAGCGAUCAGCACAGUCCCCCCGCCACACCUUCCUCAGCCGGGACACCACAGAGAGAGAGCGAGAACGAGGCUGUCCUAGGGCGCCAAUUGACUCCCCGGGGUGCCCGCAGUCAGGCCGCCUAUCGCCUCAUGCCGGUGGGCUUUGA